CUCCCUGCAUUCCAAUUUGGUAGCAAAGAAAUUAAAAUUAGUUCGAUAAGUGAUAUGGGUAAAAGCGCAGUGCUCAUUGUUGGGGGAACGGGCUAUUUGGGGAAGAGGCUGGUGAAGGCAAGUCUGGAACAAGGUCAUGAAACCUAUGUACUCCACCGGCCGGAGAUUGGUGUUGAUAUUGAGAGAGUGCAGAUGUUAUUGUCGUUCAAGGAGCAAGGUGCUCGCCUUGUCUCCGGUUCUCUGAACGAUCACCGGAGCCUUGUUAAUGCGGUGAAGUUAGCGGAUGUUGUUAUCUGUGCAAUAUCAGGCGUCCAUAUCCGCAGCCACCAAAUUCUCCUCCAGCUCAAGCUCGUUGAUGCCAUCAAAGAGGCCGGUAAUGUUAAGAGAUUCCUCCCGUCUGAAUUUGGCACGGAUCCGGCAAGAAUGAAGGAUGCAAUGGAGCCUGGAAGAGUAACAUUUGAUGAUAAAAUGACUGUGAGGAAAGCAAUUGAAGCUGCUGGAAUUCCUUUCACUUAUGUUUCUGCAAACUGCUUUGCUGGUUACUUUCUUGGCGGUCUUUGCCAACCUGGGAAAAUACUUCCUUCCAAAGAACAUGUCCUCUUUUUGGGUGAUGGAAACCAAAAGGCAAUAUAUGUUGAUGAAGAUGAUAUAGCGAUGUACACGAUCAAGAGCAUAGACGAUCCUCGUACCCUGAACAAGACCCUGUACAUAAGGCCACCUAAAAACAUCUUAUCUCAGAGGGAAGUUGUGGAGAUCUGGGAGAAGCUGAUAGGAAAAGAGCUGCUUAAAUCCUCAAUUUCAAAGGAAGAAUUUCUGGGUACCAUGAAGAGCAAGGAUUAUGCAGAGCAAGUGGGAUUAACACAUUACUAUCAUGUUUGCUAUGAAGGAUGCCUUACCAACUUUGAAAUUGGAACCCAAGGAGAAGAAGCUUCUAAGCUUUACCCAGAAGUAGAGUACACUUCUGUGGAGGAGUAUCUCAAACGCUAUCUAUGAUAAAUUCAAAAAUUAAUGUGCUAUAUCUACAUUAUCAACUGGUGACCAAGGGUUGUCUGGUUCAAUAAAGCGUUGUUGCUAUGUUGUUGUUCAAGAUUUUCUUAUGCAUGCACCCUUCAAGUGAAAUGAAUUAUGUUGCACAGA